AUGCAUGACCUGGUUGCGGAUCUGGAGCAUUUUCAGCGAGUGAAGACUCUUAUUAUCAAGGGCUGCAGUGAUAUCACGACUCUGUCCGCGUCUCUUCCCCACCUGCCUGCACUCUCCGACCUCACACUCGACAUGCACGAACUCUCAGUGCUGCCCGAAGAUUUCGGGCAGCUGUCAACGCUUCGGACACUCGUGCUAAAUCCGGAAAGUCUCACAGCCUUACCCGAUUCGAUCGCCCUGGUUACUACUCUUCGCCAGCUUUCUCUCAACAACCUUGAACGGCUGGCCCAUCUGCCCCAGGAGUUCGGGCAGCUGAUUUGUUUGGAGAAGCUGUGUAUGAAAGGCCUUGACUGGCUCAGACAGCUGCCCGAAACAUUCGGACAGUUGACAGCUCUUCGGGAGCUGAAAUUUUGGUACUGUAGCCAGCUGCGGCAACUCCCGGACUCCCUGUCGCAGCUGUCUUCUCUCGAGCACCUGGAGUUUCACUUCUGUCCGAUCCUUAGGGUGCUGCCGGAUGACAUGGGGAACGGUUUGCAGUCCUUGCGCCAUCUGCUUCUACUGGAGUGCACCGCUCUCACCCACCUCCCCCCAUCUUUCUCCGGCUUGACGUCUCUCGAAACCCUCAAGAUUGAAAACGCGAAAUGCUUCAGGGGCACGCUGCUGGAUGGCCUUGGCUCAUUGGAAAGCCUUAAGAAGCUGUCACUCAAUACUAUGCCGUACCUCUCUGCCCUUCCUGCUUCUAUCUCGGGCGUUUCUUCCCUCGCCAGCCUGGAAGUGGGGAAUUGCCCUAAAGUAACGGUCAUUCCAGGAGGAAUCGGACGGCUGACGGCGCUCGAGGAGAUCAGGAUCUUUGGGAUGAGCCGCCUGAAAAGUCUCCCACGGUCGCUCCUUUACCUGCCCCACCUGCGGGCGCUGGACGUGCGGGCGUGUAAUGGGUUAAGUGCGGUGCUAGGCGAUGAGAAAGUUCUUAGAUGUACUUCCAGGAGCGUUGCGUCCUGCGUUGGCAGUUGGAGCAGCAGCCGCCCUUUGCUGCCUUCCAUUCAGAGCCUCAAGUUAAAGGAGCUUAACGUUGAGUCGUUUGGCCCAUCCCUUGGUCGGCUCUCCUCUCUGACCCAGCUGAAGCUUCUGGAAAUCUUUAUGCUUGAGUCUCUCCCUGAUUCAAUCUCCCAACUCUCGCAACUGCAAAGGCUCAAAAUUCACUCAGCUUCUUAUUUGAAAGCACUGCCCGAGACCCUUGGAGGGCUGGCAGGGCUGCGUGUCUUGCAGCUGGUUUCCCUCACGACAAUGCGGCAGCUGCCCGAGUCUAUUGGGCAGCUGAAAAUGCUCGAGACUCUGGAGAUUAUUGACUGCUACAAGCUGAUGCAGCUUCCAGGGUCCUUGCCGGAUUCGUUCACGCAGCUGCCUAGGCUUGAGGAGUUGGAGGUGUGUGCGUGCAAGAAGCUGACCCGGCUGCCCUCUUCUCUUCGGGAAAUGCCGUCGCUGCGAGAGUGCCACAUCAGUGAAUGCCCGUUGCUUCCCAGGCGAGACACAAGAGGGCUUCCUGCAGGGGGAGAGGAGGAAGAGGAGGGGGAGGAGCGAGAGAAGGAAGGGGAGGGAGGGGAUUCGGAAGAGGAAGUGGGGGAGGAGGGAGGCGAUGUGGCGGGCGGGGAGGCAUCGGAGGAGAGUGGUGGUGAGGAUGAUGAUAUUGAGCAUGAAUAUGCCCUGGACAUCACGGGAAUGCGCCGCCUGAUUGCUGCUCUGGAGCAUUUGCAGCGAGCGAAGGUUCUAACCAUCAAGGAGUGCAGUGACAUCACGUCGCUGCCCGUGUCUCUUCCCCGCCUGCCUGCACUCACCAACCUCAACCUUAACAUAAGACAACUCUCAUUGCUGCCCGAAGAUUUCGGGCAGCUGUCAACGCUUCGGACGCUCGCCUUAAAUCUGGAAAGUCUCACAGCCUUACCUGAUUCCAUCGCCCUGGUUACCACACUUCAAGAGCUUUUCCUCUUUAACCUUCAACACCUUACACAUCUGCCCCAGGAGUUCGGGCAGCUGCUUUCUUUGGAGAAGCUGGGCAUGGAGCGCAUUCCCCUGCUCACUCAUCUGCCUGAAUCCUUCGGGCAGCUGGCAGGUCUUCGGGAGGUAAAACUUUUGGAGUGUGGGCAACUGCAGCAACUCCCAGACUCCCUCUCCCAGCUGUCUUCUCUCGAGCGCCUGGAGAUUAACAAUUGUCCGCGCCUCACAGUGCUGCCUGACGGCAUGGGAAAGGGUCUGCACUCCUUGCGCCAUCUGCUUCUACUGGACUGCACCGCUCUCACCCACCUCCCUCCGUCCUUCUCCUGCCUGACCUCCCUCGAAACCCUCAAGAUUGAGCGCGCGCAGCGCUUCAGGGGCACGCUGCUAGACGGCUUUGGUUGCUUGAAGAGCCUCAAGCAGCUGUCGCUUGAUUCUAUGCCACGCCUCUCCGCCCUUCCUGCCUCCUUCUGGGGCGUUGAUUCCCUCACCAGCCUGGAAGUGGGAAACUGCCCUAAAGUAGCGGUCCUGCCUGAGAGGAUUGGACGGCUGGAUGCACUCGAGGAGGUCAAGAUCUUCAAAAUGAACGGCCUGACACGUCUCCCUCCGUGGCUUCUUGACCUGCCCCGUUUACAGGCUUUGGAGGUGCGGUCAUGUGGUGGGUUAAGUGCGGUGCUAGGCGAUGAGAGGGUGCUUAGACGUAUUGCCAGGGGUUUUGUGACCGGCACCGGCAGCACCAGCCGCAGCAGCAGCAGGCCUUCGCUUCCUUCCAUUCAGAGCCUCAAGAUUAAGAAGCUCAAUGUUGAGUCUUUUGGACCAUCCCUCGGUCGCCUCUCCUCUCUGACGCAGUUGGAGCUCCUGGAAAUGAACAGGCUUGAAUCUCUCCCUGAUUCCAUCUCUCAACUCUCUCAGCUGCAAAGGCUUAAGGUUGAUUGGUCUUCUAAUCUGAAAGCACUGCCCGAGACCCUUGGAGGGCUGGCAGGGCUGCGUGUCUUGCAGCUGGUCUACCUCUCGAGAAUGCGACAGCUGCCCGAGUCUCUUGGGCAGCUGAAAAUGCUCGAGACUCUGGAGAUUAUCAAUUGCUACAAGCUGAUGCAGCUUCCAGCGUCGUUUGUGAAUCUACCGAGGCUACGGUCCUGCACUCUUAUCAAGCUCGGAAUCUCAAACAUUCCGGAUGACAUCUGGAAGCUGUCUUCCCUCCAGAAGUUGCUGAUUCGGGGACUGAAGCAGUUGCGAAGCUUGCCAGAUUCGUUUACUCGGCUGCCUAGGCUUGAGGAGCUGGAGGGCACCAUCUUCCCCUUACUAUAG